ACCGGAACGCAGAGCGACCACACUUGAUCAUCAUUUCCUCCCGCCCCAGAGGUUAUCGUGAAACGUUCUUAGCGUGCUGGUAGGCAGUUCACCUUCUUCUUUCCUCUCAUCCUCUUCUUCGUUCGGGUCUCUCACUUUUUGGGUCUUUACUGACCUUUUUCCGUCUUUCAGACGUUGACCGUCCUGGUUUCCUUUCAUUUUCUGCAAACUGGUGCUGCAGCCUCCUCUGUCGCGUCCACUCUCUGGAAGAGCUCCCUUCUCGCCGCCAAACACUAGGAGUUGUCUCUUCAGAACUUCCUCUAUUCCUUACUUCCGCCAUUCGUAAGGUCUCUCCUCUGGUUUAAACCGGCAUCCACCCUGAACAGUUCGUUCCCCCGGUUUUGAUAGUCCGUAACCACACAAAUAGAACAACAUGGUCUCCAAGGUUCUUUUGGGAUGCUGGGCAUUCGUCGAUGUAUGGCUGCUUGCAGCUGGAGUGCUCUCACUUAUCAUGUCCUUGGUCUGGAAAGCUCCUAACCUGAUGAUCAAUUUCACUAUGGACGCCUCCGAGUUGACUGCUGGAACUGCCCUUGGCAUUAUGCUCCUAAUCACAUUCGCGAUAUCUAUAUUCGCAAUCGUCCAGAGGAAUCAUGUCACCGGGGGGCUCGUUUUGCUCAACUGGGUCCUCAUAGCGGACAGUAUAGCAGUGAUCGUCAUUGGUACCUAUAUCUGGUUCUCCACUCUCCAGGAGCGCAAUCACUACUUUGGGGUGUGGCAAUCGACGACGCCAGACGUUAGAAUUCAGAUACAGGAAAAGUUCCAAUGCUGCGGAUAUUUUCUGCAAAACGACACCGUCGAAUUCACUGGCUUCUGUGCGAACAAGACGUUUGUCGACACCCUAGUCAACGCAACCGAUCCGGACCAAUUCCGCUGCGUGAGGCCCAUAACAGCUUUCACUGAUCCGAUGUUGAACAAUAUAUUCUCAUCUACGGCUUCAUGGCAAUCCUCAUUUGCCUAUUCCUAGCAUCAAUUUGCAUCAUCAACAAGAGAAUGGAAGCGGAACGAUUCAAGAGAAUCGAUACGAAGCGAGGCGGCGGCAGAGCCUUCGUUUAAACGAUCCUCAAGAGCAGCCCAAUGGCCCGUCUUCGCUUUCCUCGGCCCUCCGUCCACGCCUGUAUUCUCUUUCUUUGUCGUUCAUAUCGUUUCCCUUUCGAGUUCUGGGAUGGCUUUGGCCCAUCACACUGCUUUUUCUCUCCUUCACCUCCUACACUGUCGAGCCACACCUUCCCACCUUCUCCCCUUCCCUCCUACCCUACCUCUCUCUUGUUUGCGCUUUUGCCAGUCGUCAGUGUCUCAAUUGUAACCUCGGACUGACCUAGGCCAUGGUCAAUUUUUGUUUUUGUUCUUUGUCCUCAGGUUAUGUGUUACUACAUCUCUCUUUUCCCUCUUCCUCGAGACCUAUCAAUCCCCUCAGGCGGUUCUGUUUUUGGGCAACUCAACAUUCCUAUUCUUGGAUAAAUGUACAUACUUUACUGGUUGGCGGAAAUUCAUUAAGGGCUGGGGCCGAAUGAUAAUCCGAGGUGAUUCAAAAUGCAUUGCGGCGCCAGGCUGAGGCUGGGAUUCACUGGCCAGAUAUUCUGACAAACAUACUUGAUGAUUAGAAAGGGGACUGCUGUGUCAGAGAUCGUCGCAUCACAACGCCCAAUAGACAACAUAUCGACAU